AUGUCAAUCUUAUCUCCAAUACCCUUAGGAAAAAACUCUCAACCGACAAAGUUAUCCAUCCUUCUUCAAGAAAAGCUACACAGUUGCAACGAGUCUUACUUCGAGCUGAGCGGCCUCCACCGUGAUAGACGUCCUAGAUCUACCAGAGAAGAGAUGUUGCUUGCUAUGAAAGAGAAAGAAAGAAAAGAGUUUAAGGAUGGAAUUGAAAUACCCGAUUUAAUGAACCCAAGAAAUGUCAGAGCUUUGCGCGAAUGGAACGGCGAUCUGAGUUCAUUAUCACGAAUUAUAAUGUUUCGAGUAGAAGAAUUUGAAUUCAAAUCCUAA